GAAUAACAUGGGUAGUGCAUCCUGAAUUGCAUUAGCUUGGUGAUCAGCUGGUCAGUCAGAUAACAUAUUCGUUUGAGUAGUGCUUUGUGAAAAUCGACUUUGAAAUUAUUGAUGAUUGUCCUCAGUAUUGUUUUAAAUGGGUAUUUGAAUAAGGUAAUUAACGUGGGCCCAAAUUCAUACAUGAUUUGACGUGAUUCUGGAACUUGAUAGAAACAUCGUACAUUCCAACUCUGGAACACGUUCUUGGAAUUUCGCAUUAGAACUAAUGCUUGUAUUUUAUUGAUUUUUACCAUUUUUCAAUACCUCCCAACAAGUUGAUUGAUUUUUGUUUAAAAAUUAGAUCUACCUACGUCGACGAACAUUUCCACCAGAUUGCCCAAUAAGUAAUAAGAAUCAAAAUUUAUUGGGAAUGAGUCAUGUCUGGAAACAGAAAAACUCGUAGUGCUGCAAAUACAAGUUUGCAGCAGAAAAGGUGUAACGUGGCAUGUGGCCAACCGCGCGAAGCGUCUAUGGCCGAACAAGUUGACUCAGUACUCGGGGGGACGGAUCUGUUUGAGAUUAGUCAACCUAGCAGGGGUCGUGGAGGCAAAAGCUCAGGCCGCGGUGGCAGCAGUAGCAGUAGCAGCGGCGGCGGAGGUAACCGUGGAGCAAGAGCGGCAACAGUGGCACAGAAGCGAGAGAGAGAGCAGAGCGGUGGCACAGCAGACGAAGCCAAGCGAGCCAAGACAUCGGCGGCCAAGGCGGCGCGCGGUGGCGGCAAGCGCGAGUCCAAACGGCGCACAUCCACUCAGGACAAGAAAAAAGCGAGCACUAGUGGUGGCAGUGCAUCUACGUCAUCAUCGAAUAGCAAGACAGCUGCAGAAGCCAGCACCUCAACGACAAGAGGAGCAGUAGUAACAGCAGCGGGCGCUUUCAACCUAAUUGUGACACGCCCCGUGUCGUCGUCGUCGGUGAUCGUCUCGACCAAUCCUGGCCGCGGGCGCAAGUCUGGCUCCGCCCACCAGCCAAUAGCAACCGCCGCCGCCGACCCAGCAGCCAAUCACAGCGCAGCAUCCACGUCAGCUGCCGAAUCUUCUACCAGCAAGAGUACGACAUCGACUAGAGCUAGUGAAGACAAAGACUCGAAACGUUCAAGGUCUUCUAGCAGAAAAGACAAAGACAACGCAGGAGAAAGUUCAAGCACAGCUGAACCACAGGCUAGCAAGCGAAGAGCUACCUUGAAGAGGAGGCUGCUAGCCAACAUAGACGAGUCCACCUCAUCAGAAGUGGCAGGCGGUAGCAAGAGCGGAGCCGGAGCGAAGAAGUAUCCUUUGCGCAGUCAGUCCCGCCUCAGUGGUGGGGGAAGUAGUGCAGGGAGUGGGGGUGUGACGUCACAGCCUGCUACCAGCGGCACCUCCAAGUCAGGCCAAGGUCAUCCCAGUAAGAAAGCCAAGGUCGGCGCCGAGACACUGGGUGCAAGUCAGUCGCGGGGCACAGGGGCGGGAGGGAGUGGAGGGGCGGAAAGCAGCAGCAGUGGUGUUGGGGGCGGCAGUGGUGGAGGUGGGGCGUUUGUCGAGUCGCAGUUGAGGCGGUCUUCGCGCACCACGGGGUCGUGUGCCUCGUCCUCGUCGGGGAGCGGGGGCCGGCGGGCAUCGAGGGGCGGGGCCCAGGGGGGCAGUCAGGGGGCGGUAGCGGCGGCCGCCUCAGCCGGCGUCAAGCUGUCCUUGGUCAAUAUGGCUGAUCAUCUGGGCGGCGGAGGCGGAAGUGCCAGUGCGGAUAAUGAUGCCAGUGCUACUGGAGGUCCGAGCACAACAGGCGGUACCAGUACUAGUGGGGGCGGUAGUGCCGGGGGCGGUGGAGGAGCAGAGAGAGACAGUGAGAGCGAUGACAGCGAGGUGGGGCGGCUGCAGGCCCUGCUCGAGGCCAGAGGCUUGCCCCCGCAUCUGUUGGGCGCCCUUGGCCCACGCAUGCAGCAUUUGUUGCACAGGAGUAUUGGGGCCAGUAGCUCAUCGAAAGCGCAACAGCUGUUGGUGGGGCUUCAGGCGACAGGUGACGAAGGACAGCAGCUGCAGGCGGUGAUCGAGAUGUGUCAGAUGCUGGUGAUGGGCAACGAAGACACCCUCGCCGGAUUUCCGGUCAAGCAGGUCGUUCCUGCCCUCAUCACUCUGCUCGCCAUGGAUCACAACUUUGAUAUGAUGAACCACGCUUGCCGCGCGCUGACAUACAUGAUGGAGGCCCUGCCUCGCUCGUCGGCCGUCGUCCUGGAUGCGGUGCCCGUGUUCUUGGAGAAGCUGCAGGUGAUCCAGUGCAUGGACGUUGCCGAACAGAGUCUCACUGCACUCGAAAUGCUCUCCCGUCGCCAUAGCAAGGCCAUACUGCAAGCGAGAGGUGUAUCGGCAUGCCUGACAUUCCUGGAUUUCUUCAGCAUAAUAGCGCAACGUGCCGCGCUCGGAAUCACAUCGAACUGCUGUCAAAAUCUGCAUGCCGACGAAUUUCAUCUCGUAUCAGAGUCGCUGCCCUUGCUAGCCAGUCGUCUAACUCAGCAGGACAAGAAGAGUGUGGAGAGUGUGUGCCUUGCGUUCAGCCGAUUGGUGGACAGCUUCCAGAAUGAUCCAGCCAAACUGCAGGAAAUUGCCAGCAACAAACUGCUCACUAAUCUACAGCAAUUGUUGGUGGUAUCGCCUCCGCUGAUCAGCACAGGCACAUUCAUCACAGUGCUGCGUAUGAUGUCAGUGAUGUGCGCCAAUUGCCCUGACCUGUCCAUGGCCCUUCUCAAGCAGAACAUAUCCGACACGCUCAGCUAUCUGCUCACCGGAUUCAAUUCCACCAAUCCUGCUAUACCCAGCGAUGAGAUUGAGCUGGUAGCACGCAGCCCGCAAGAGCUGUACGAGAUCACGUCGCUGAUUGGAGAGUUGAUGCCGCGUCUGCCUCAGGAUGGCAUCUUUGCAGUAGACAGCCUGCUGGAGCGCAGUGGGGCGGGGGGAGUGGCAGGAGGCGCCGCCCCUGGGGACACGGUGUGUUGGCAGUGGAGGGAUGACAGGGGCCUCUGGCACUCCUACAGUCCCAUCGAUUCUAGGAUUAUCGAGGCGGCACAUCUAGCCGGCGAGGACGAAAUGAGUCUGUCAACUCUGAACAGGACAUACACGGUAGACUUCCACUCGAUGCAGCAGAUCAACGAGGACACGGGCACAUCACGACCCGUGCAGCGUCGCGUCACCCCACCUCCCACCACCACCACCCAGGCCACCAACAUGGCCGACCAAACCACCAACAAUAAUCGGCUGCAUGUCGACAGUGAAAUGAACGACGUGGCAGCCUCGUUUAUACGCUCUCUGUUCAGCGUGUUGUACGAGGUGUAUAGCAGCUCAGCCGGGCCAGCUGUGCGAUGCAAAUGUCUACGUGCGCUACUGCGCAUGGUCUACUACGCAUCUCCCGAACUAUUAAAAGAGGUGCUGAAAACACAGACAGUUUCGAGUCACCUGGCCGGUAUGAUGGCCUCACAGGAGCUGAGAAUUGUGGUCGGUGCUCUACAGAUGGCUGAAAUUCUCAUGCAAAAACUGCCCAACGUAUUCGCCGUUCAUUUCACCAGAGAGGGUGUGAUGCAUCAAAUCAAGCAGCUGGCAGAUCCGUGUGUGCCGAUCAGUGCCUCUCCGCCGAAACAGCCGCCUCCGGCCUUCAGUGCAGUAGCCGAUGGGGGCGGCCAAGGGGGCAGCGGAAGCGGUAGUAACAGCAUAGCCGGGCCUUCCGGGCACUGUCUCAAUGGGGGUGGCGCCAGUCUAGCCAUGUCCAUUGAUAAUCCAUUCAUUCUGUCAGCGCCAAUCCCGAGCCUCAGCAUGGGCUGCAGUAGCAACAACAUGAACGUAGCUACGUCGGCGGCGGCAGCAGCCAAUAACAUCAACGCGAGCCUGGCGGUAGGCGGAGCCAGCGGUCAGCAGCAGCUAAUCACAGGCCAGGUGUCGAGCACAAGUGGCGGCAGCCAAUCAGCGGUCACCAUUACGCCGCAGCUGCGUCGCAGUCUGUGCCAGCAGCCGCAGGACAAUAUGGCCGACGAUCCGCGCUCCAACAGUAGUCCCUCGCAGUUACGAUUUAGUGAUGUUUUGAAAAGGAAACGUACACCAAAGAGAAACGCAUCUUCCAGUAGAAAAACCAGACAAGACAACGACACAUUAUCUCCGAUGCACGACUUAUUCACGAAAGGAAAUUCGAGAACACGUAUCUCAGCAGCGAAAACAUGUGGCUUCCUAUCCUCUUUGAAUCCAGCCAGGUGGGGCCGCAGUACUGAUAGACCAUACAGCAAGGAGGGCUCAUCGGCAAUAGCGAAGUGCUCUAGCAACGCGAACCUGAGCGCAGGCAACCGAGAGAAAGCGCGCACAUGGGUGCGAGAGAGAGCGGCCCACUUCAUCGCCACCUACCAGAGUCUACCAGGGGCCCCCACUUCGGUCCUAGCCAGUCUUACCUGCGCCAUCAACAAGCUCAAUACACAGACACCAGAGUCAGCCCUGGACGCUCUGUGCGAGCUGCGUGACAUAGUGAUGGUGUCGGACAUCUCUCCGUUUGAGGUGAACCACAGUGGCCUCAUCAGGUCGCUGCUGCAGUACCUCACAGAUCCGCGCGAUUCCCGCGACCAGCGGCUCAGGAUCUUUCUGCACGUGUUUGCCAAGACACCGUUGGACGGAGGCAGCAGUGAGUUUGGCGUGGAGGCCUCGGCCGGGUGUUUGUCGGCGCUGGUGAGUAAGUUGGGCAGUUGUGUGUCGCAGCUGGAGCAGUUCCCGGUCAAAGUGCACGACCUGCCAGCCGGCACCGGAAGCACCACUGCGCUCAAGUUCUUCAACACGCAUCAGCUCAAGUGUCAGCUACAACGUCACCCAGACUGCACAUCGCUGCGACAGUGGAAGGGCGGCACUGUGAAGAUUGAUCCCCUGGCGCUGGUGCAGGCGAUAGAGCGCUACCUGGUGGUGCGCGGAUAUGCGCGGCCCCGCCCCUCGCCACCCCAAGGUGGUCACUCGGACGCAAACAAGGACCACGACCCCAACGCCGAGUCGGACGAUGACAACAGCGAUGAGGAUAUCGACGAUACACUGGCAGCGGUAGUGAUAAGUCAGGGUGCUGCCCGUCACAAGCUGCAGUUUGUGAUUGGCGAGGAGGUGUUGCCGUACAACAUGACGGUGUACCAGGCGGUGCGUCAGUUCAGCCCCAAGGCGGUCGCACACGGCGACCAGUCCGAGACGGAUACGGACAGUGAGGCACCCCUGGGCAGCGCCAACAUUUGGGUGCAGACGCAUACCGUCUAUUACAGGCCAGUAGCAGAGGAUCAGCAGCAGUCGGGUGCUGAAGGUGGUCAGUCUAGUCAGCAACAAUCGCACCAGCCUCAGCAGCGUGGAGCAUCGGCAUCAUCAGCCGUGGCAGCGACAGCCAAUCAGCAGGCGUCUAGCACAGGCCGCAAGGGCAAGGGUGCUAGUACCAAGGCGGCGCCGCGCCGCAAACAGGAUGAUCUCUGGCAAGAAGGAAUAGUGCCGACGCCGAAAUCGGCACUAGAGCCGUUCCUGACCCCUCGCCUGCCGCCCAACGUGUUGAUCCAGGAUGCCUCGCUUCCCGUGCUCUCUCUGCUCAGAGUGCUGCACGCAUUGUCCCGCUUCUGGGGCACCCUCUAUCCGUCGCUCGAAACACGACCACUGCUCGCGCAACAGGAGUUUGUGAACAGUAAGAUAGCGGCAAAGGCGAGCCGACAAUUGCAGGACCCUCUGGUGAUCAUGACAGGAAACCUUCCUAAUUGGUUGCAGCAGAUUGCUUCCGCAUGUCCGUUCCUGCUGCCGUUCGAAACACGACAACUGCUGUUGUACGCGACGUCAUUCGACCGCGACCGCGCGUUGCAACGACUGCUGGACUGCAGCCCCGAGCUGUCUGCUGCCACCGAUUCGCAGGAGCGCGUCACGCCCCGCUUGGAUCGGCGCAAGCGCACCGUGUCACGUGACGACAUUCUCAAGCAGGCAGAGGCCGUCGUGCAGGAGUUGGCCGCCUCCAAGGCCUUGCUGGAGGUGCAGUACGAGAAUGAGGUGGGCACCGGCUUAGGCCCGACCCUGGAGUUCUACGCGCUGGUCUCAAAGGAGUUGCAACGUUGCGACCUUGACCUGUGGCUGGGCAGCCAAAAUGGCGGCAGUCACGUGUUCUCCCCCUGCGGUCUGUUCCCCGCCCCCCUCGGUCGCACCACCAAGGUCAGUCACCUCGUCAAGAUUCGCUCCAAGUUCCGCUUCCUCGGCAAACUCAUGGCUAAGGCUGUUAUGGACUCAAGAAUGUUGGAUCUUCCCCUGAGCGUCUCUUUCUACCGCUGGCUAUUAGGCGAAGAGCAGCAACUGUCUCUCUCUGAUCUGCGCCAUGUUGCGCCCGAGGUCUACCGCACACUAGUGCGUCUGGAGGGAUUGGUGCGCAUGCGCCGUGCCAUCGAAGCCGACGCCAGUCUGGGCGCAGACGCGAAGCGAGCGCAGAUCGACGCUUUGGGUUUGGACGGGUGUCGUGUCGAGGACCUCGGUCUCGACCUCACACUGCCCGGAUAUCCGCACAUUGAGCUCAGGAAGGGCGGCAAGGAUGUGGCCGUCACUAUCCACAAUUUGGACGAGUAUUGCAGGCUGGUAACCCACUGGUACCUGAUCGAAGGCGUGAACCGGCAGAUGGAGAGUUUCCGCGAGGGCUUUGAGGUGGUGUUCCCCCAGCAACAGCUGUCCAUGUUCUACCCGGAGGAGCUGGAGGCGGUGUUCUGCGGGGGUGGAGGCGGUAGCGGAGGCGGAGGCUGGGAUGUGCGAACCCUGGCUGAGUGCUGCCGCCCGGACCACGGCUACACCCCCGAUUCACGCGCCAUUCGCUUCCUGUUUGAGGUGUUGGCAUCUUAUACCACUCAGGAGCAGCGCGAUUUUGUACAGUUUUUGACCGGGUCGCCCAGGUUGCCCGUUGGGGGUUUGAAAAGCCUGACCCCGCCGCUGACUGUGGUUCGGAAGACACUUGAGCCGCAACAGGACGCGGAUGACUUUCUGCCGUCUGUAAUGACGUGUGUCAACUACCUGAAACUGCCAGACUACUCUUCGCUGCAAGUGAUGCGUCACAAACUCAGUCAGGCGGCCAAGGAGGGACAGCGCUCUUUCCACCUCUCCUAGUCUCCCUCCUACACACAGGAUUACAUUACACUCCGUUUCACUUUCGUCAGCUGUUGGGAGGAGUCUUAUCGUAAAGCAACAAAGGCCGGAUAGUGACAACGGAGUUUUUAUUUUUCCUCAAUUAUUAUUUUUCAUGGAUAUAUAUUACCAAUUAGUGAACUGUCUUUCUCUCGAUCGGUUUACUCCAUGUCACAAGGGGUAGUAGCAUUUCUGGGAAUAGAUUACGAAGUAUGUGUAAAUUAAUUUUGGAUUGUGUGUCGAAAAUUAUGUGAGAUACCGAGUAGAAUAUUUUUCACAUAAUUUGAGACCCCGAGAAAGGCAUCACUCAAUCAAGACUUUUUAUCAGAUUUUGUUUUUGUACUGGGAAGAUUUCACGAAUUUCUCCUGCAAACCUGAUUGAUUGUCCAUCUACAAGUCGUCGAAGUUUUUAGUUUUUAAUUUCUAUAGUUUCUUUUCCAUCUAUAUGAAGUAUAAGUAUACAUAAAUAUAUAUAUUAUAAAUAUAUCGUAAUAAAAACAAUUGUGAUCAUUAAUCCAUAAUUUAAUAGUCUUCUAGUUAGAAUUAAAUUACGAGAGACUUGAAUAACAUUUUUGGUGUCAGCCGUGAGCGGCUUGAAACGUGGUAUUUCAUUUUUCAUCAAUGGUAAUAGUUCUCAAUCGCUUAUGUGUUUAUCAUUUGUGAAAUUGAUUCUAAGUCUAUAAGUCUUGUCGUGACAUUUAAUAUUCUUGUGCUGAGAGCAAGGUGGGUGCACACACGGUAUACUAGGUAAUUUGUCGAAUUUUACUCGAGAAAAUUUGAACAAUAAUGUUCUUGAGAGUGUUGUAAAGCUACUAAAUUGUCCAAACCUUUGUAUGCUGUCUUCAAUUAACGAUAGUCUCCAUUGUGAAGAAAAAACGUAUUUGUUUAUGAUAGUAGUUUAGUGGAAUACUGGCAAUAGUUUCCGUUUUGAAUAUUCUGAUGUACCGUGCAAGAUGUCGUGAAUAAAAUAUAAUAAAUAUAAAUCAGUUCUAGUAUAUUUUUCGUAAUUUAAGUUAGAGUUGAGGGUAACAUUUGAUUGAUUAUGAAAGUACAACGAGGUUUCGAUUUUUUCGAAAAUCUGCAGUUUUUGGAAGGAUUUAAAAUGCUGAAUUUUGGCAGGAUUAAAGUUAGGAUCUUGUACAGUACGGUAAUACAGAAUUUGGACAUACUAUGAAAUUAUUAAGAUGGUUUUUACAAUAAAUAAGUCAGGAUUCAAGUUUUUGACUAGAAAAUGGAUCCAUUGGUCAUGGGUCAUACGAAUUGAAAUAAUCUUCAUGUGUGGUUGAUUUCAUUGUUUUUGGUUGAGAAUAACUUUGAGAAUUGUGCUAAUGAAUUACUCGAUUCUUGUAACUCGUCUCAAACAUCCAAGCCGAUCUCUUAAUUUUGCCAGUACCCUAUCCGAUUAUUUUUAAAUUUAAAGUUUUUGUAAUUUGAUUGCAAUUUUUCAAAUACCCAAUCGUCGUUCCAGUGUGUAGUAGUUACAGUUUCUACUUUCAUAGUAAGAAAAAAUCAUCCACGAAUAUUUCAAUAUAAUUUCUAAGUGGUUCAUAAUAAGUUAGUUAGUUGAAAUAAUGAUAAGAUGUGCGAGGGAUUUGUGAUGUUGAUGAUUUUUGAGAUUGAUCUGUCUGUCAGUUUGUAUGUAUUUGGUAAGAAACGUGUAUUGUUUGUAAGUAAUGUAUGUAUGUCUAGCAAGUAAGAACGUAAAAUCACUUGAAUGUAAGUACGUAAAUAGAUAUCUGAUAACCAAUUAUUUUUAUUUUCUUGUAUUUUUAUCAUUGUUUGUCUUUUGAAGACUUGGUUAAUUUUCUUUUCAUUUUUCACACAGAUGCUUGUUGUUGCUGUAUCGUUUGACCGAUAGUUUGAAGAACUUGGAAAGAGUUUUAUUCUUGAAAAAUAGCUAAACCGAAUUCUGAAAUAUUCUCAAUAAAUUUUGAAAAACUUCUUUGGAGAACUUGAGGAGUUCAUAUCCAAAAAAUAUAAAGAAUAAUCAAUAUAUACAGUAUUUUAAAUGAAGAUCAAUAACCACAGAAUUCAACAAUAUUAGAAGAAGAAAUUAAUUUUCUGUUGUGAAGAAAGUCAAAUUGAAAAUGAAAUUGAGAAGAUUCUAUACUUUGAACUGAAACCUAUGGUAGUUAUCCAUCAUUAUUUUGCCCUGGUCUAUUAUACUUAUCAAUCCUUUUUGCAUCAGGGCAUAAUUUUAUAACUUUUAUUUUUAAUUAUCUGAGAACUGAAAAAUAAACGUUUUGAUUGACGCUGCUUAUCAACAUUAUUAUUAGUUAUAUUUUAUUUGAAACUAGUUUUAAUUGAAGAAGUAUGUUUGAAUCAGUUUGUGACUGAAACAAUAAGGUUCUGCUGUUUGAUUCACUAUGAGUACAGUAAACAGUAUUUGUGUGAAAGUACAAAUUUCUUUAAAAACAAUUCUCUUCAAUUUCUGGUCUAUCUUCAAUUUUUUCUCAAUUUAGUGUUGUUUAGUUUUCUAUUUCCUAUAGAAUCUUUGUCUUCUUAAUUUUAUGGGUUAGAUUGAUGAUAUAUGGAAUUAGUAGAUUGAUAACUGUUUAAUAUUUUCCAGUUAAUAUUAUAUCGAUAGGCAAAAAAAAAUUGUGUUCUAGUUUAUAAAUUCGCGAUAAGAUCGAUGCACUGCUGUAUGAAGAAAAUAUUACUACUAUUCCUACUGAGUAAAUCUUUUGUAUAAAGUGUUGAAGAAAAAGACGUCGAUACUAGGAGAUCUUCUUUCUUCAAUUAUAAAUGAUUAUAAAUAAUGAAUAAAUAAAGAAAUCUCAAAAA